AUGGGACUCGCCCCAACUAUAUGUGUUGCUCAAGAUUAUAUUCAAGGAAAACCUGUCGAUGAUCUACGAUUACGUAAAGUGAUACUUGAACUACCUGACAAUAAAACCGAACAUCUUCCAGGCUAUUUAGCUCUUGUACCCAGAAUGCCAGUUUUACUUACAGAAAAUGUCGCUACUGAACUCGGACUCUCCAACGGCACCCGAGGAAUCUUUCAUCAACUCGUGUACAAUGAAUCACCAGAAGAUGUUCAAUGGCAGGAUAAGAAUUUUCCACCGAAUACCAACUUUAUAAUGCAGCCAAAAUACGCUUUGGUGGAAUUUACUGGUUACAAACUUGAUAGUACACUUGCUGAACUGCAGUCUAAAAUAGUUCUUCGUGGUUGUUGUCUUUAUUGUCAUACAAUUCAAUGUUCAAAUGUAGAAAAAUAUUUAUUUAAUAUGCAAAUGCUUUAUUUAAAACAUGGUCAAACAAAUGAAAUAGAUAAUUUACAAUCCAUUUAUAAAACAUGGAUAUUAGAAAGAAAAUCUUUAGAUACAUUUUAUGAAAACAUAAACGAACAUAUGAAAUUAAAUCCACCAUCAUCAACUAGAAUAGAAGCAACAACGAAAAAUUUAUUAGCUAUUCGACAGCAACUUAUUAAAGAUUUUGAAGCACGAUCAUUCAAAGCAAAAAGUUUACAAUCAAAAAAAAUGGACAAUAAUGAUGAAUCAAUGGAUAAUGAUGAAGAAGAAAUGUUAACAAAAAUGAUGUCCAGUCAAAUGUAUUUAACACCAUUAGAUGUAUUAAAACAUUUAGAAAAAAUUUGGGCGAAUGAAAAAGAAGUUCUUGCAAUUUACUUAGCUACUUUACGAUCAUUACAUCAUUCAAUAACGCAUGCUCAUAAUAAUCCGAUAAGUUUAUUCUUUUUUGAAGUUCUACCUGUUUUGCCGUCAAAAUUUCGUCCCGUUUUGUCAUUUAAUGAUCAAAAAUUUGAAAAUCCAAAAACAGUUCGAUAUUCAACAAUUAUUCAAGAUAAUCAAUUAAUUAAAGAACUUUUAUUAUUAAAAGAUAAACAAACCACAGAUAUAUCGACAUCAACUACUAAUCGAUCAUCUUUAACUAAUACUUUACGUGGUGCAACAAAUGAAGAAAAACUUAAUAAUCUUUGGCUUAAAAUGCAAAUUACUGUUAAUUCUAUAUUUGAUAGUUCAUUAGAUAAUCGAAGUGGUGCUCGAGUAGCGAAAGGCAUUCGACAAGUUAUUGAAAAAAAAGAAGGUCUAUUUCGUAUGCAUAUGAUGGGUAAACGUGUAAAUUAUGCUGGUCGAUCAGUAAUAUCACCUGAUCCAUUUAUUGCAAUUUAUGAAGUUGGAAUACCUGAAAUAUUUGCCAAAAAAUUAACUUAUCCAGAAUUAGUUACACCACAUAAUGUUCAUGAAUUACGUCAAUUAAUUCUUAAUGGACCAGAUGUCCAUCCUGGAGCAAAUUUUGUUGAACUUGAAGAUGGAACAAUUCGUCGUUUAUUACCAAAUAAUUUAUCUCAACGAACUGCUGUUGCUAAACUUCUAUUAACAAGAGAAAAACAACAUGGUAAUACAACAUUAAUGUCUACUAAAAGAGUUUAUCGACAUCUUCGAACCGGUGAUUAUGUUCUUGUUAAUCGUCAACCAACAUUACAUCGACCAAGUAUACAAGCUCAUAUGGCUCGAGUUUUGCCUGGUGAAAAAACUUUACGACUACAUUAUGCUCAAUGUAAAUCGUAUAAUGCUGAUUUUGAUGGGGAUGAAAUGAAUAUUCAUUUACCACAAAAUGAAUUAGGACGAGCUGAAGCUGCUGUAUUAAUGAUAACUUAUCAACAUUUUCUUGUAAGCAAAGAUGGAACACCAUUAACUGGUCUUAUUCAAGAUCAUGUUGUUGCUGGUACAGCAUUAACAAUGCGUGAUCGAUUUUUUGAAAAAUCUGAUUAUCAACAACUUGUAUAUAAUGCUAUUGGAUCGUAUUCUCGUCGAAAAAUUCAUUUAUUACCACCAUGUAUUUGGAAACCAAAACAAUUAUGGACUGGAAAACAAAUUAUUUCAACAAUUCUUCUUUAUAUUCAACCAGCUAAUGAAGCAUCACUUAAUCUUGAUAGUAAAUCAAAACUUUCAAUGAAAUCAUGGCCAUCAAAACCAAAUGCAACAAAUAUUGAUUUAAUGGCUGAUACUGAUGUUAUUAUUCGUCAUGGACAUCUUCUAUCUGGUUUAAUUGAUAAAGCACAUUGUGGUGCAACACUUGCAUCUGUUGUUCAUUGUUAUUAUGAAUUAUACGGAAAACGUUGCGCUGCUGAUCUUAUUACUGCUUUUUCGAAAUUAUUUACACUCUUUUUACAAUAUUAUCGAGGAUUUACACUUGGAAUUGAAGAUGUUCUUUUACUUUCACCUGGUGUUUCACAUCGACGUCGAUUAAUAAAUGAAUGUCGUGCUCAAGCAGGUCAAAAAGCUUUACAAAAAACGUUUUCUCUUCCUGAAAAUUCCAAUGAAGAAGUACUUACUGAUGAAUUUGCUAAAGCAUUUUGUUCAAAAUCAUUUGAUGAACGUAUAUCAAAAGAAAUGGAUAUGAAUUACAAAACAUCUAUUGAUGAAUAUCAAAAUCAAAUAAUUAAACAAUGUAUGUCGCAUUUAUUCAAACAAUUUCCAGAUAAUAAUUUACAAUUUUUAAUUCAAUCGGGUGCUAAAGGUUCGUCUGUAAAUGCAAUGCAAAUGUCUUGUUUACUUGGUCAACAAGAAUUAGAAGGCAAGCGUCCACCAAUGAUGCCAAGUGGUCGAACUUUGCCGUCAUUUCGUCCCUAUGAAUAUUCACCACGAUCAGGUGGUUUUGUCGAUGGCAGUUUUUUAAGUGGUAUUCGACCACAAGAAUAUUUUUUUCAUUGUAUGGCUGGACGAGAAGGUCUUAUUGAUACAGCUGUAAAAACUGCCCGCAUUGGUUAUUUACAACGUUGUUUAAUGAAACAUUUAGAAGGUUUAGUUGUUAAUUAUGAUUUAACAGUUCGUGAUAGUGAUGGAAGUGUUAUACAGUUUCAAUAUGGUGAGGAUGGUUUAGCUGUUGAAAAAUGUACGUAUUUAAAAGAAGCAUAUUAUCCAUUUCUUAUUGCUAAUCACUCAACAAUAUUACGUGAAGAUGAAUAUUCACGUAUUGUUGAUAUGUGUGGUUCGACCAAAGAAAAACCAAUAAUAAAAAAAUUAAAAAAAAUUCGUGCAUGGAGAAAAAAGACUCGAGAUUUAGCUGACGAUGAUAAUAAUUUAAAUGAUUCAAUAAGAUUAAAAAUAAGUGAUGAAACUAAAAUACGUAUGACACCAUUUAUAAAUUAUUCACGUUUUUUUGAUUUACAUACAUUAACAAAUUCAUUAAAAAGUAAAGAUAUUAAUGAAGCACGUUCAAUUAUGGUUCAAACAUGGAGAGAUUUAUCUGAUGAUAAACGUCAACAAUAUAAUCAUGGUGUUGUUAAAUUUUAUUCACCUGUUACACAAAAUUAUUUACCAGCAUCUAAUUUAGGUGCUAUUACUGAACGUUUAGAUGAUUUAAUUAGAAAUUAUAUUACAACACAUGGUAAAUUAGAUCAAACUAAUAUGGAUAAACGAACAUUUGAAAAAAUGCUUCAUUUUAAAUCACUUAAAUCAUGUAUUGAUCCAGGUGAAAGUGUUGGUAUUUUAGCAGCUCAAUCUAUUGGAGAACCUAGUACACAAAUGACAUUGAAUAGUAAGUUAUAUUCAGAUAUGAGUUGUAUUUUGAUAGAUUUCAUAUAUUUCAACGAUAUUAUUUUUUGAAAUAUGAUCUGAAACGAGUACUAAAAUAAUAGAGAUAAAAAUUUAGAAUUCCCUUAUGCCCCUACGGACCGUGACAGACUUUGAAAUACGAUUCACAGGUAUUGCGCUAACAGCUAUUGUUAUUCGUAAUCAAAUUCGAUUUUUUUGUCAACUAGAAAGAAUGAAAAAGAACAAAGAUGAUUUUAUUCAUUUUCCAGAUAAACACAGGUGGAAAAAAGACUGAACUAAACUUGAAACGAUGUUUGAAAAUAUCAACUUGAUAUGUGAUGACUUAUAGAUUUAUAAUUCGAAUAAAUUUAUAAUCAAAGAAUUAGUCAAUAGUACCCAUUGUGGUGAUUGAAAAUUGAAUAAACGAUACAUUAACUUAGUCAGUCGAUAUUGAACUAUAAUAUGUCUAAUUUGAAUCAAAUCUCAUUCUAUAACUUCGAUUUAUGUGUAAAUCAAAGAAAUGCCUACUAAUUCCAGUAAAUAAAUCAAGAAUCUUAGAAUAGAAUGUAUGCAAGCACACUGAAGCUCAUUAAAACCUAUGACAAUUCAUCGAAAUCCAAUAAAUACAUUAGAAGCCAGCAAUUUUCACUAUGAUUUGAAAUUAAAGAAGAAAAUGUGCAUCUUGAUAAAUCCUAUUAAAUUUCAACAAUCAAAAAAAUCUAUCAGAACUCAAUAAAAUCCAGUGGAGUUUGAGAAUAUCAGAUUUGCUUUUUUUCAUUUUUGUAUUUAAUCUUAGCUCCCAUUUUUUUAUGACUUAGUUUCAUUUAAUUUUGAUAGAUUCUGUGGUACUUGAAAUUCAAUAGAAUCUAUUCUUCUUUUUAUAAACUACUAUUUUAAUUUCAUUAACAAAUAGACAAAUAGAAAAAUGUGAAGAUUCGAUCUGUUAUUUGAAAGCUAAAUAAAAUUUGAAAAGUUUCAUGUGUUUUAAACUAUGUAGAACAUAUCGAAUGUCUUCCCUGUUUUUCCU